GCGGAAUGAGCCAUGGCGCUAAGCUCAGAGCCCUUGUCUGAGCGCGCCGUGACGGUGGCGGUGCUGUUGGCCUUCGCUUCGGGGGUCCUGGUGGGCUGGCAGGCGAACCGAGUGCGGAGGCGUUACCUCGACUGGCGGAAGCGGCGGCUGCAGGACCAGCUGGCGGCUACGCAGAAGAAGCUCGACCUGUCUUGAAAACCCAGGCACAAGUGAAAGCCACAAGAAGCACGUGAAUGAAAACCAACUGCAUUUUAAAUAUUAAAGGACACACAUACACAACAACAUUCUUGUGCAGUAGAUUUUUGUGAAAAAAGACAUUAAUGGAGUUAUCGUUAUUUUCUCAAUGAGACUGAUAUUGGCAAAUACAUUCAACAUGUAUGGAAGGAAGACAUCAAAACAACUGUUGAAAAUGCUGAUUGUGUUAACUUGUCUCACCAUGUUUGGAAGAAGUGAUUGUUGACACUUGAUGAAUUAUGAUGCUAACAAGGAUCUGAAUAUGAUUAAAUAAAACACUUUAUUUUAAGAAAU